AAGGGUUAAUUCGAUAGAGUGGCCGGCUGCUAGAGCGGCCAUCCCUGCUUUUGGCGGGGGGGGGGUCCUUGGCAAGGAGCAUCCCCCUCCCUGCCUUUUCCGCCUUCACCCUCCAUUCCUGCUGCUGCUUUGCAGAGAGCGCUUCUCCGGGAUCUCGCCCUUGCAGUUGCGCGGGGCGAAGGGGGCCCGGCGGAGGCAUUGAGGGCGCAAGGGAGAAGGCUUCACCCCAUUGGCAGCAUCGGUGUGAGUCUUGACUUGGGAAAGUUUGCCCUCCGCCGUCCCAAAAGGACUCUCUGGCCGAUAUCAAGGAAGGCACCCCCGUCUGGGCCUGACAUGGGAUAAGAACCCCUCCCUCCAUGGCCUCCAGCAAAGCGAUCCGGAAAGAAAGGGAGACCCCCUCAUCCCUGCACCUCCCAGUCCAGCUUGCUCAAGCAAAGGGAGUCAAAAUGGAGGAGAAAGAAACAGCCUGUGCCGAACUGGCCGAGGGAGCUCAGAAGGAACCGUGUGUCGUCCAGGCUGGUGGCCCCUCGGAAAUACCGAGAUGGGGGUCCCCACUGCAAAUCAAGCAGGAGCCGGACGAGGGCCUGGCCCAGCGCUGGGAAGCCCAAUGGCAGAAUUUCUUGAAGAUGGUGCAGGCCCCACAUGCAGGUUGGGGGACCCCUCCGUUGCCGGAGCUGGUGGCUUUUAGUGACUCUAAAAGGGUCCCGCCCUCUGACGGGAUGACCCCGCAGAUCUUCGGCUGGAAAGUGAAAGAGGAAGUCUGCGAGGAAGAGAUGGGGAACACGGAGGCCCAGAGGCAGCGGUUCCGGCAUUUUUGCUACCAGGAUGCCGAAGGGCCCCGCGAGGUCUGCAGCCGUCUCCGGGAGCUCUGCCACCGGUGGCUGAAGCCGGAGAGGCACACCAAGGAGCAGAUCCUGGAGACCCUGGUGCUGGAGCAGUUCCUGGCCAUCCUGCCCCUGGAGAUACAAGACUGCGUCAGGGACAGGGGACCGGAGAGUUGUGCCCAGGCAGUGGCCGUUGCUGAGGGCUUCCUUCUAAGGCAGAAGGAGGUCCAGUUGGGUCAGGAUUCCUUUGAGGAAAUGACAGUGAACCUUCCAAGGAUCCAUCAAGUCUGCUUUGGGGCUUCUCGAAAGCUAGGUGCUCUAAAGGCAGGGGGCAGGCUGUUGAAUGAACAGGAGCGGCCAUCUCUCUGGGCCCAAGGUUACCUUGAUCGAGAGUCGGCCGGCAGGACGUCGCUUCCCAAGAACCAGGACAGCCUCUUGCCACGGCCUGGAUUGGGCAAAUUUUCCGAGAACGAGCUGAGGCCCGAAAAGUCCUCGGUCCCCCUGCCGACCAAGAGAGGCUCCGAAGCGAUCCCGUGUAGGGUGGGCUACAAAGAUCUCGGCGGGAUCCUUUUCCAGGAGAGGAUCCAAGAGAGCCCCCGGCAGAAGCGCUGCGUCGUGCUCCGCCGGCGGAUCCAGACAGAAGAACGGCUCUACAAGUGCCAGGAUUGCUGGAAAAGCUUUGACCACCGCUCCCACUUCAUCCGCCACAAGAAGAUCCACACGGGCGAGAAGCCCUUCCAGUGCGCCGACUGCGGGAAGAGCUUCAAUCGGAACUCCAACCUCACCACCCACAUGCGGACCCACACGGGCGAGAAGCCCUACAAGUGCUUGGACUGCGGGAAGAGCUUCCGGUGGAGCUCGGAUUUCAUCGUCCACGAGCGGACCCACACCGGGGAGAAGCCCUACAGCUGCGCGGACUGCGGGAAGGCCUUCCGCCGCAGCUCCAACCUCACGGCCCACGAGCGGACACACCGGGGCGAGAAGCCCUACAAGUGCUUGGACUGCGGGAAAAGCUUCACCCGAGGCCUGUACUUGAUUGCACACAAAAAGACGCACUCGGGGGAGUGAGCGGGUGCGAGCGUUGGUUAGUGGCGCCUCGGCCGUGGGACUUUUCCUGAGGAGGGCAUCAAACGUCUCGUCUGAAUGGCAUCCGUCGCAGUUUUCGCCUCAGUGGGGAACAAAAUGGUCGCCCCUGGGCUUGGUUGGAGGUGGGGGGGAGCUCAUCAACCUCUCCAGAUGACCAGUGAUGGAUGAGAUCCACAGUAGUCCCACCCCAGGCAAGGUUGGCCCACUAAAGUUGCAAAAAAAGUCAGCUGGAACUUCAUUCCGGCGGACGGUCCCUCUGGCGAAUCCUUUGUUCCAAGCCCAGUUGAUCAGUUCCAAGAGUAGGGCAAUUUGAUACAGUGACCCCAUUUGGAACGAUAGCUUCUCUCAGGACGCGAUUCACUACGGUGGGAGCAAUUUGAAUUGCCCAAAACCAAAACUGGGAGAGCUGAGAAAGACCUGGUUAGCAAGGCAUGUUUAUUCUGGGUCAGACGGUUUCUCCAUCUUGAGGCUAAAGGAGAGGGCCUUUUUUUUUUAAAGAGUUGCAGAGGGAUGCAGAUUUGAACCGCCCAAAGCACUUUGGAGCAGUGGAGGCACCUGCUUAACCCCUUCUUCAUUCCGUUAGAGCAGAGUUCCCCAACCGUUCGGAGUUGGCAGCCCGGAUCGGGGGGGGGGAGGGGAAAGAAGGGAUGGUUUUGUGUGGGUGUGGGUGUGAACACAACCACCAUAGCUCGCGCAGUAGGACCGUGACGGCUCGCGCGAAUGGGGUCACGAAUGCCUGUGACGCUCGCGCGAGUGGGGCCAGAAGUGCAACUAUGCCCGCCUGCAAACAUGCACCGGCCAGCCCCUCAUGCGGGCCCGGUGGCCAAUGGGCCAUGGCCCACAGGUUGGGGACCCCUCCCUUAAGAGCAGGGAUCUUCAAACUUGGCCACUUUUAAGACUUGGGGACUUCAACUUCCAGAAUUCCAGCAUGGCUGGCUGAGGAAUUCUGGGAGUUGAGGUCCAUAAGUCUUAAAAGUGGCCCGGUUUGAAGACCUCUUGAUUUAGAGCAACCGUUGAUUUUUCUAUGGAUCAAUUUCGGAAGAUCUUAAUGUCAAACACCAGCUGCCUUUAAGGGGUGGCAGACGGGCAUUGUUUGCAUUUAAGAGAAACCUUUUGGGAAUCAGAUCCAAAGGGCAUUGCCCAGCACUUGUCUUUUGAUCUGCUUGUCAUGUACCAGCUAGGAAGUAGAAUGUCUCUUGUUAUUUUGGCUUUUCCCAAGUGCAGCCCAUCCAUCUGUACUAUGGGCAUAGUAACAACAAACUUACCAUAGGGCAGUGUUUCCUCAACCCUGAUGGCUUUAAGAUGUGUGAACUUCAACUCUCUGGCUGGGGAAUUCUGGGAGUUGAAGUUCACACCUCCCAGAGCCAUCAAGGUUGAGAAACUGCCAUGUGUUCAUUCGGCAGAUUACAUUCUAUUAUUUCAAGAUAAAUAUAUGUGAAGGGCUUUGAUGGCUCAAAGCUGCUAUACAAAGCUCAAGUAUUUAUUAUAAUUAUUAUUUUUUAUGA